UAUUCCGUGACGUUCGGUUGUGUGGUUCUAGCAUUCGGUUUGUCGGUGGCUGGUCUCUGAGAAUUGAUUCUCUAAUGCUGAUUCAUAUCCUUUUGAAUUUGUAGCAACAUCCUGUAUCAAGCUUCAUCUUUUCACCAUAUACCUCACCCCAGUGGUGAAAGGUGAUGUAGCAACUAGAGUAGACAGCAUCACUGAUGUUGGUAGAGUGCCUGUUUGCUCAACACUGUACGAGAAGAGUAUGUCACUCUGGAGCAGCACAAAUUGAAUGGGGCUUUAUUACUCUUUUGUUUUCCCUAUUUGAAUAAGGAUGUAAAGUGAUACGGCCAGGCGGCAAAGAUGAGGAAAUAAAAAGAGUGAUAAUUUUUAAGCGAGACAAGCGCGUGUGCACUUGUGGUGGUACCGGGAAAUACUGAGUGUUUUAAUGCUAUAGGAUGAAAUACGUGUAAAUUAUGAUUCUUUUUUUGCAAAAAGGUGGAAAUGCUGUUAAUGAGAAAAUGAGUGAAGGAGUACCAUAAUUUAAAUGGAAUCAUUAUACUUUUGCAACGAAGUUUAUGGAAUUGCAGACAUGUGCUGAAAAUUGCCAGGAUAACAAGUAACAGACGUGCUCCCUAACCUUGUGACUGUGAUACUGCCAAAAGUGGAAAAUGCAAGUGUUGUUGUUUUUUACUGGAUUCAUGACUAUCCGUUACCAUGCUCACGGAUCUAAUAGUAAAGAGGUAAACUCUCACAUUCCUCAGUUCUCGCAACAAUUUCCAUCACAUCAUCUGUUCAGUAACGAUACAGGAAGCUCACAGCUAGCAUGUUCCACAUAUGGUCCUACGCAAGUUGAUAUAAAAUGGAUUUUUAAAGAUGGGAGCAUCGCUACGAACGUGUUUGGGUUGAGACAAAUUCUCCCUAACGGCACGUUGUACUUUCCCCCAUUCGCUGGUCAUCUAUUUCGGACCGAUGUGCACGACACUACUUACCGGUGUAGGGCUUCUUAUCUGCAGCAUAUAUUAUUAAGCAAGGAUGUUAGAGUUAGAGCAAUUGUGCGCCAAGUAUAUGAAAUCAAGGUGGAAAAGACUGAUGUUGUUCUAGGAAACACAGCAUUUUUGCAUUGUAAUAUCUCUCCCUAUAUCCGUGAAUUUGUACAAGUCUCAGCGUGGUAUCGCGACAAGGAGGUGUUGAUUCCAGAUCCAUCGGAAAUUGGUAUGCGAUACAUCGUUACAUCUCCAAGUGGCGAUCUGUGGAUACGGAAUGUUGAUAUUGAUGAUAGACAGAAACAGUUUUCCUGUGUGGCAACCGACAUGCUCACUGGAGAAAAAAAACACAGCUCAUCAGUAUUUCUAACUAUAAAAGAUUUUCUUCCGGAUUCAGCACCAGUUAGCACGCAAAAAUCUGUCACAGAAAUUUCAGCUGACCUGGGCUGCAGUAUACAACUUCCGUGCAAUGUCCAGGGGAACCCUCAACCUGUAUUCACCUGGUAUCGCAUAUCUGACUCUGGAUCUUUAUAUACGGUUCCAUCAUCCCAACGCAUUAUACUAUCACAGUCACUGCUAUUCAUACGGAAAACAGACGGAAGAGACACAGGAAGAUGGGUAUGCAAGGCAGCUAAUCAGUUUGGUGAACAGAAACUCCAAAUUCAUUUGACAAUUAAUUCGGAGUUGGUUGUGCAAAUCAUCCCACAAAUACAAGUCAUCAAUGCAGGGAGCUCAGCAACAUUUAAUUGCACAAUCAUUGGUUCGGAAAUCGGUAAAAUUGAGUGGUUUCAUAACGGACGUGCACUAGUCGAUGGCGAACGUAUGGGAGAUGAGCUUAGAAGGAUCACUUUCAUAUCUGCUGUAAUGCUAAAAAUUGAAAAGAUCAAUAAGGAUGACGAUGGAAUAUACCAAUGCAUUGUAUCUAAUUCGAGGAAUAGCGCACAAGCCAGCGCAGAGUUGAAGAUUGGAGAAACUCCACCGGAAAUUAUCUACAGUUUUAUUGAGCAAAAUUUUCGCACAGCUGCAUUCGUUUCGCUAAAAUGUAUUGCUUCAGGGUCUCCCCAUCCACAAUUCACAUGGAUGCUCGAUUAUCAACCGAUUAUGUCUUCAAUUCAUCGCUAUACUUUUGAUCAGUUCAUCAAUGAGAACGGACAUGUAACAUCGCAUCUGAACAUAACUCACGUAAAAACCGACGAUGGUGGUCUGUACACAUGUGUUGCAUCCAACACUAUGGGUACAACAUCACAGAAAGCUCGUGUCAACGUCUUUGGUCCUCCAUAUGUGAGAGCAAUCGAUUCAAUUAAAGCUAUUGCCGGAGAGCCCAAAGACAUAUAUUGUCCUUUUUCGGGCUAUCCUAUUCAACAAAUAUCGUGGCUUCACAACGGAUUCAACAUCAGUUCAAGUUCACGAUACACGAUUGCUGAUGUGAAUCAUGGAGGCACUCUUCAUAUUCACCAGGUGGAUGCAAUCCAGGAUAAGGGUACUUAUACAUGUAUAGUUACGAGCCCGAGUGGUGAUGAAGCACGCAGAGAAAUUCAAAUUAUCAUCAAUACUUCUCCUGUAAUUGAACCGUUUUCUUUUCCAAAAAAUAUCAAAGUUGGUGGUCGGGCACAACUUACGUGUUCGGUCUCUUCAGGUGAUAUGCCAGUUUAUUUUAGUUGGAAAAAAGAUGGCUUAUCAAUACCACUAAACUUACAAGCGAUAGAGAAAAAAGAAGAAUUUUUCACACUACUCAUUUUAAAAGACAUUUCAGCACAACACAGUGGAACAUACACGUGUUUCGCAUUAAACGCCGCUGCGCAAGUAAAUUAUACCGCAGAGCUACUGGUCCAAGUACCACCAUCCUGGGUUCGAGAACCAUUAGAUUUGUCUGUGAUUUUAGGUAACAGUAUCUACCUACCGUGCGAAGCAGGGGGGUUUCCGGAACCGACAAUAUCAUGGUUUCGAAGAAAGGGAAAAGAUUUUCUUUCGCUUCCAUCUAAAAACAACACGCUUAGUGUAAACUAUGCUACAUUAUCGGAUGCGGGAUAUUACAAAUGUGAAGCUUUCAACGGAGUUGGAGAUGUAUUGUCUAAAAUCGUCCAUAUAGAUGUUAAUGUAGCUGUUCAUUUCGAUAGUCCGGUAAAGAACAUAUCUUCACGAAGAAGUGAUGCUGUAGUCUUAGAAUGCGUAGCUUUGGGUGAUGAUCCAAUAAACAUAAUUUGGACGCAUAAAAAUACCAGAAUAGAUUUUAAUAAUUAUAGAUACAGUAUUGUUGAGAUGAAAAUCGACAAUGGUAUUCAUUCUCAAUUGUCUAUCUUGCACACAGAGAGAUACGAUUCGGGAAAGUACGUCUGUUCAGCGGAGAAUUUAUAUGGAACCAGUGAACACGUUAUUUACCUUGCCGUGCAAGAGAGACCCGAUCCUCCUUCUGAUUUAGAGGUAUUAAAAGUUGAGAGUCGCAGAAUCAAACUCUCUUGGAAACGGCCUUAUGAUGGAAUGUCUCCAGUGCUCAGCUAUUUAGUACAAUAUCAGCGAUUGACAAAGGCAAAAGAUUAUUCAGGGCAUGGAUUCAACAUGUCUUGGGAUAAUCCUUUUGUUGUAAACGUGACACUUACGAAAGUGAACGAAGCUAGAAUCGCUGACAGUACUACUCGAGAUGAAGCUUUCGUUAAUGGAUUACAUCCAGCAACUCAAUAUCUCAUACGAAUACUAGCUAUCAACGAAAUUGAAAGUUCAUCUUUUACAAAUCCUAUUGUAUUCAAAACUCAAGAAGAAGCUCCUACUGAGCCGCCAAAUAAUUUAAAGAUAAAAUCAGGUGGCUUAGGACAACUAAUAGUGACAUGGCAGAUUCCUAAUAAACAGUCGUGGAAUGGAGAACUGCUUGGAUAUACAAUCAGCUGUUUGGAAGAAAAGCAGAACAUUUAUUUUGUUAAUACAAAAAACUUAAGCUUCACAGCAAACGGUUGGGCUACAACUAAAAUCACUAUAUCUAACUUGAGAAAGUUUACUAGAUAUGCUGUAAAGAUUCGCACCUACAACGCAAUUGCAGCGAGUCCUUGGAGCCCAAUUGCAUAUGGCACUACUUUAGAAGAUGUCCCAGAAGCCCCCCCUCAAAAUGUUUCAUGUUUAAGUCUGUCGGCACAAAGCAUCAAAGUUCAAUGGCAUGAACCUGCGCCACAAUACCAUAACGGAUUACUUCAGGGAUACAAAGUGUUGUUUAGGCCUCUAACUAAAAAUAAUAAUUUCUUCCUACCAUACGAAGUUAAACGAACGUCCAAUUUGGAAACGUACCUGCAUGCAUUACUAAAAGCAACGAAUUAUUCUAUCCAGGUUUUGAGCUUCACUUUAUCUGGAGAUGGCACAUCAAGUUCUCCAAUAUUUUGUGUUACAGAAGAGGAUGUGCCUGACCCACCAGCUGAGAUUAAAGCUUUGACACUAACAGCGGAUUCAAUAUUAGUAUCGUGGCUACACCCGAUCCAUGCAAAUGGAAUUAUAACCCACUUUACUGUAUUUAGUAAAGAAAAUGGACAAAUAGGACAAACUAAAAGUUAUUUGGUUCGUGUUGAUGGCAAACGUCCUUUGCAUUUUGAAGUUCGCGGAUUGAUUGAAAAUCGUAGGUACGACUUUUGGGUAACUGCAUCGACUAACAAAGGCGAAGGAGAUCCAACUAGCGUUGUUUCACAGACAACAAGCACUCGUGCUCCGGCGAAAAUAGCAUCGUUUUCUCAAACAAUCAAAGUAGCAGCAGGUACAGACAUAUCUCUGGAAUGCAUUGCAGUUGGAAAUCCAACACCGAGGACACGGUGGAUCACAAAUGACCAACCUGUCACUUUCAGCCCAUACUAUGCUAUAUCGCAGGGCUAUAUGAAGAUCCAUAAAGCCGAACCCAACUUAUCGGGAAACUAUACGUGUUCAGCACAAAAUCUUUUCGGCAAGGAUGAAAUACUGUACACACUCAUUACUUUGCAAACACCGAACAUUACCCUUCUCUCAAUACAGUAUGCUUCCUAUGAUAGCGUUCGGAUCAUUUGGGAAACUUCUAACGACGGUGGAACUCCGAUACAAGGAUUUAAUUUAUUUUAUCGUCCAGCAGCUGGCACUUGGUCAAGUAUAUCGAUUCCUUCAGAUCAAUUUGCGUAUACACUGAAUGGAUUGAAGUGUGGAUCACAGUAUGUUUUGAAAAUGAACGCCCACAAUAAGGUUGGAGCUGGCACUUCAUCUGACGAAUUGGCAGUAUGGACGAAAGGAAAGGCACCACAAAUUCCCGAGGAGCGAGAUCUUAUCGUAACUAAUGCUACAUGCUUAAAUCUACAUCUGCAUACUUGGCACGAUGGAGGAUGUCCCAUAACACACUUCUCGAUAGAGUAUCGACGUCUACACACACCUUUCUGGACUACAAUUUCAUCGGAUAUAUCCGGAACAGAACGUAGCAAUGAUAAUAUUUCUUUCUGCGAGUUUAUUUCGGCCACAUGGUAUGAGUUAAAGAUUACUUCGAACAACGACGCGGGUGAAACUACCGCCCAGUUUAAUUUUGCUACUACCACAUUGACCGGAGACAAAAUUCCGCUACCGGAAUAUGUCGAAAUAAAAAGCGAUGAUACUACGAUUAAAAUGAAUGAGGAUGUACAGUUGACAAAAAUUUAUAUGAUUGCGGCUAUGAUUACUUUAAUUAUUUUAGCAAUUGUAUUUCUAGCACGAUAUAAAAAAAUAUAUUGUUUUGCUGCUGAAAUCGGAGAUACAAAUGAGGAACGUACAAACAACGUUAGCCAAAAAGAGGAAUGUAGUUACAUGCGCAGCGAACAGGUUUAUAGCGCUUCGCCUGUAAAAAUGAUUAAUAAAGAUAAUAAUGCGGAGAUGUACGAAAUAUCGCCGUACGCAACGUUCAACGACAGUGGUGAACGGACUGUUAAGGCAAUGUGCCGAGAUAGAACAGUCUCAUCGCUUGACUAUUCCUUGCAGUUUCGUACAUUCGGGCAUCUAGAAAGCGAGCUUAACGCCCCAGCUUACCCAUUGCUGGAACGGUCGGGCUUCAGCCAUGUUAACGACGACCCAAGCUGCCACAAAGAGUGUAAAGCAGGUAAAGCAACAGAUAAUGUUCCUGGAAGUUCUAGUAGUAAGGCCUUGAAAUACGACGAAAAGGCUCAUUCCGGAAGUAGGAGCAAAACAGCGAACUUUAUUAACCUAUCGGAAUCCGACAGUAACAGUCCUAUCAACGAGUUUUGCAGAGCUCCAACGUUUAGAAUGCCGCACAAAUUACCACGUUUCCAAAGCAAUUUAUGAAAACAUGCAUAUAGUUAACUACGUUUACGAACAGCAAUCAUAAAAAAUUGUGAGCAAUCGAUGAAUGAAUGCGCAUGAAUACAAUGUUGAUACAAAUAAAAUAAACAUGCCGUGAUUUAGCA